AGACAAUAGUAUGCUGAACUUUCCUUAAAAAAACACCAAACAAUUCAGUGUGUUGGAAAGACAGGAAAAUGCUUCUAAAUAUGUGAUUUUAAUCUUUUGUCAAGGGAAACAUGGUAACCAAAGACGAGGACAAUUUUCUCCGUGUUGUUUCCUUAAACUACCGAGUAGGAACAACCGCGCUAAGGAGGUAUUUUGACAAAGUUCAUCCAAAUUUGCAAUCAGAUUUGUCAUCUCCAGCAAAUAUAUCAAUACUUUCAAGCUUGCAUAAACCACCUAGAGGACAUAAGAGAGUAUUGUACCAGGAACAGUGGAAUAUAUUAUAUCCUUCCUCAGGGUCACCUGUACUUUCUUCUAAUCUAGAUGUUACUUUAAUGGUUUGUCUUCUUCGGAAUUUACCACCAAUAGUCCCUCAACCACUGUAUGGAUUUGAAGCAUUACCACAAUCUAGUGAUUUGUCGCCUGGUGCUCACAUAGCUCGGAUAAAAUACUAUAAAAAUUUUAUUGUUUCGCAUUCAAAGGAUGGCAAACUAUCCGAUAAUGAUUUCAACACAAUAUGGAAUGAUUUGGAAACGGCUAUCAAUGGUUUAGGAAACCAACAAGAUGUUACAGAUUCUGCUACUGCCAAAACUACACUUUUAGACUUUAAUGCCCUCCAGGAACUUGUGAAUCGUGAUGCGAAUAUUCAGCAAAACCGCAAAAUAUUAAACGACCAUACAAUUGAAUUAGCCGAGCAUAGAUGUUCAAUAGCUUUAAAUACAAGUAAAAUAGGUGAGAAUAAAAGUGGAAUAGCGGAGAACGCUUGCAAAAUAGUAAAACUAGAAACAACUGUUGAACAUAUUGAAGAAGAAAAACGUUUGAGAGAGAGAAAAAGAAAACAAAAAGAAAGAAAAAGAAGAAGAAAUGAAAAUGAAAUGACUGGUUUUGACAGUUUGACAGAAAUACAGAGAAGACAAAAAGAAAGAAAAAGAAGAAGAGAAAAUGGAAUGACUGAUUUCAUGAUUGAUAUGAUAGAAAGUUGGAAAAAGGAUGACGGUCUUUAUAUCGACACAAGAGCAACAAAGCAUGUUUUGUCUUGUGUCAGCAAAUACAACUGUGUAAGCGUAAUAGGACCGUCAGGAUGUGGAAAAACUGCUUUAGUUAGGCACAUUGCCCUCCAACUUGACACAAAUGGAUACACAAUAUUCACAGUGACUGAUGCGAAAGAAAUAAAAGAUCAAUAUAGAUCAGGAAGAAAAACGCUGUACAUUGUUGACGACAUGUGUGGAAAUUUUACAGCAAACCAAACUCGGAUAGAAGAAUGGAAGAAAUCAAUGAAUGACAUCAAAAGCAUUUUAGAAAACAACAAUUGUAAAUUAAUUUUAACAUGUAGACUUCAAGUUUUUCAAGAUAAAGGGUUUACAAAUUUAGAAAUUUUCAAAACAUGUGAAUGUAACUUAAGCUUUGAGGGAUUAUCUUUAACGUCGAAAGAAAAAGAAAGCAUGACGGCCAAGUAUUUUAAGGAACACUCAUUAGCAGCAUUAACUCACUUGGGUAAAUAUGAGAUUUUACCCUUUCUAUGUAAAUUAUAUUAUAUUCAGAGCAAUAAUCCAAAAUUUAAUCUCAAUUCUUUUCUUAGUGAUCCAUUUUCAUGUUUUGAAAAAGAGUUGACUAGUUUAUAUAACGAUUGUAAAGAAGGUAAGUACAAAUAUUGUGCUUUGCUUGUGUUAGUUAUCUUCAACAACAAGUUAGAGGAGAAAAAAUUAACAGGUAAGGAUCCUCAAGUUAAGGAGAUGAUAGAAGACAUUAUAGAAGUAUGUGAAAUAGAUGACAAUAUAACAGGCAGGAAACUAAAGUCCCAACUUGAAAUAUUGAUUGGAACGUUUGUGACUUAUGAUAAAAGCAUCUACCAAACCAUUCAUGACAAGCUGUUUGAUUUCUUAGCUUUUUAUUUUGGAUCACAGGAAGAUCUUAUAAGCAUUUUGAUAAAGCAUGCAAAACCAAGAUUUGUUCGUGAAAGAUUCGUUGUAACUCAUGACUACGAACGUGCACAUCAUUUGAUAUUUAUGUCUGAUGACAAAUUGCAAAUGUACAUGAAACGUGUUUUUAAAGAUAUAGUAAGUUCAUGUAAUGUAAAUACUAACAUAGUGGAAAAUAGAAAUUUAAGAAAUGUUAAAUUUCGCACUAUGUUCCAUGACUACAUGAGACAUCUUUCCAAGCACGAACUAAUAUCAUUAAUGGAACAAGCGAGUUCAAAUUUUUUAAAUACUAUGUUUGUAAUGAGAGAAAAAGACAUUAGAGACAUUGUUAACGAUAGCUCACGAAAAUAUGAAAGUUUUGGAAUAAUUUUACCUGAUGAUAUGUUACAACGAUACACAGAUAGGUGGUUUGAUGAUUUGACUAAGAUUAAUUCCACGAAGACAUUUAUGGAGGAUAAUAGACUUUUGAAUUGCGUUACAUUCCGUACUGCAUUGAAAUCCUACAUGAGACAAUUAAACUCAGAGAAAAUUGCUUCUAUCAUUCUGACUGGAAGUAGGAAUUUUCUCAAUACAAUGUUUGUCAUAACCGAACAUGAUAUUAAAGACUUUGCUAAGACAAAAAAUAAACGUUUUGGCAUUGUCAUUCCAAAGGAUAUGUUACACCUUUACAUAAAAAGAUGGUUUGAAGAUUUGACAAAACACGUCGGGUCGAACGUCUGCAUAGAUGGUCUAAUGUUUGAGAUUACUUUUACAUUUCCUAUUACUUUUCAAUUCCAUAUGACAACAACCGUGAUGCUUGAUAAAUUCAUUAACAAAAAUAGGCCAUUGAUGAAUCUUGAACUUCGUCGUGCCCUACGAACCUACAUGAGACAACUCACCACAGAAGACAUUGCUACACUCAUUCAAACAACAGAGGAUUCAUUUCUCAAUUCAAUGUUUGUCAUGACAGAGGAUGAUAUCAACGACAACUCUAAGAACCGAUAUGAAUGGUUUGGUAUUGUUAUUCCUAGUGACAUGUUACAUCAAUACAUUGAAAAGUUUUUUUACCGUCUGACAAACGGAUAUAGAUUGGUGCAAAACUUACAUAUAAAUAGAGUAAUUAAACAUGUUAAAGGUCGCACAGCUCUGCGCUCACAUAUGAAACAAUUAACCAGAGAUACAAUUGCUUCACUCAUUCAGAAUGCAGUGCAUAUCUUUUCCAAUACAAUGUUUGUCAUGACAGAGGAGGACAUCAAAGACCAUGCACUGAGCCAAUAUGAGUGUUUUGGUAUUGUUGUCCCUGAUGAUCUGUUACAGCAAUACAUUAAGAGGUGGUUUGAUGAUUUGACCAAAACAUAUUGGAUAACUGAGAUCAUUGAUGAAAAUAGAAUAUUGAAUAAGGUAACAUGGCAUUGUGUUCUACGCACCCACAUGAGACAACUAACUACAGAAAAAAUCGCUGCAAUCAUUCGGACAGGAAGUAGAGAUUUUGUCAAUUUAAUGUUUGUCAUGACAGAGGAUGACAUCAAAUACAACACUGUGAAUCGAUAUGAAUGUUUUGGUAUUGUUAUUCCUGAUGAUCUGUUACAUCAAUACAUUCAGAGGUGGUUUAAUGAUUUGACCAAAACGCCUUCUGUAGAUAACACCAUAGAAAAAAAUAGACCAUUACUGAAUAUUACAUUCAGUGGUGCUAUACGUACGUACAUGGCAAAAUUGACAACUGAACAGAUAGCACAAAUCAUUAAGACUGCACACGAUGAUUUUAUUAAUCUAAUGUUCGUCAUGACGCAGGAGGACAUCAAAGACAACUGUGCGAACCGGUACGAAUUUUUUGGUAUCGUGAUUCCUGAUGAUUUACUACAACAAUACCUCGAGAGAUGGAUUAAUUCUGUGACUAAAACCAGUGAGGUGGAGAAAUUCAUAGAUAAAAACAGACCAUCGAAGAAUGAAACAUUUCGUUCUGCUUUGUGUAAUUACACGAGGCAACUAAACACAGAAACAAUAAGUUCUCUCUUUUUGUCUGCAAAUGAUGAUUUUCUCAAUAAAAUGUUCGUCAUAAGCGAGGAGAACAUCAACGACUACGCAGAUAAUUGUCAUAAUUGUUUUGGUGUGGUUAUUACUAGUGAUUUAUUACAACAAUAUAUUGAGAAGUGGUUAAAUGCUUUGACAAAUACCAGUUGUGUCCAAGAUUUUUUUAAUAACUGUAGACUUUUAAACAAUGUACAAUUCCGUACUGCCUUGCGUACUUAUACGAGAAAGCUAAACACAGAGAAAAUCAGUAACCUAAUUCAGUCUGCAAAAGACGACUUUAUCAAUACAAUGUUUGUCAUGAAAGAUGAUGACAUCAAAGAUAACACGGAGAAUCAAUUUGAAUGUUUUGGUAUUAUUAUUCCUGAUGAUCUGUUAGAGGAAUACAUACUACGAUGGUUCGAAAAUUUGACCAAAACCAAUUUGGUGAAGGAAUUUUUCAACAGUAGUAGACCUUUGAUGAAUAUUACUCUCCGCACAAUGGUUCGAACGUACAUGAAACAACUAAGCAAAUCAAAAGUAGCUUACCUUAUUGAAAGUGGAAAAAGUGACUUCCUCAAUAAAAUAUUUGUCAUGACGGAUAAUGACAUCAAAGACAACGCUGAGAACCUAUAUGAAUGUUUCGGUAUUGUUAUUCCUGAUGAUCUGCUAGUGCAGUAUAUUGAGAGAUGGUUUAAUUACGUAAAAAUCUCAGGUUCGGUAAAGGAAUACAUAAAUGAUAAUAGGCCUUUGACGAAUGUUACAUUCAAGAGUGCACUACGUACAUUCAUAAGAAAACUAAACAGAGAAAGUAUAGGCAACAUCUUGCAGACAGGAAGUUGUGAUUUUUUCAAUACUAUGUUUGUAAUUACUGAAGAUGAUAUCAAAGAUAACUCACAGAUACGAUCUGAAUGCUUUGGUAUUGUUAUUCCUGAUGACUUUGUAACGAAAUACAUUUGUAUAUGGUUCAGUAAUCUAGCAAUUGCUAAAUCAGUGAAGGAAUACAUUAACGGUAAUAGGUCUUUCAUGAAUGUUACUUUCCAUAAUACUCUGCGUACCCUGAUGAGGACGCCAAAUACAAAAUACGGCGAUCCAUUUAUUAAGUUUGCAAAUAGAGAUAUCAUCAAUACAAUGUUUGUCAUGACAGAGAAUGCAAUCAAGGACCGGUCGGACAAUCGAUCUGAAAGUAUAGGCCUUGUUAUUCAUGAUGAUAUAUUACAGCCAUACAUUGAGAAAUGGUUUGCUCAUUUAACAAACGCCGAAUCAGUAAAGGUAUACAUGAAUGAUAAUAGGCCUUUGAUGAAUUUUGAAUUCAUGACAGCAGUACGUACAUUUUUACGACAGCUAAACAUAGACCGUAUAAGAAACCUUAUACAGUCAGGAAGUAGUGAUUUUGUCAAUGCUAUGUUUGUCAUGACAGAAAAUGACAUCAAAUACAACCCGAAAUAUCGAUUUGAAUGCGUUGGUAUUGUUAUUCCUAAUGAUGUGUUACAGCAAUACAUUGAGAGAUGGUUUUAUGAUAUUACAAGGACCGAUUAUGUGAAGGAAUGCAUUGCUGCGAAUAGAUGUAUUAUAAAUGUAACCUUUCGGGUAGCCCUACAAACCUAUACAAAACAACUAACAAGAGUGGAAAUCGGAAACCUCAUUUGGACGGGAAGUAGGAAUUUUGUCAAUACCAUGUUCGUCUUAACAGGAAAUGACAUCAUAGAAAACUCUGACAAUCGACAAGAAUGUUUUGGUGUUAUUAUUCCUGAUGAUUUGUUACAUCAAUACAUUGAAAGAUUGUUUGAUGGUAUAACAAAGACCAAUUUAGAAAUAGAAUACAUUGAUGAAAAUAGGAUGUUUAUGAAUUCUAGGUUUCAGGACAUUCUUGAUUCAUACGUAAAUGGGAUAAAUUCAAGGAAAAUCGCUUUUCAGAAUCGAAAAGGAAAUAUUGAUUUUCUCAAUAUAAGGCGGGAUUUAUUUAAACAAAAUAGAACUUGUGAAAUCAAGAGUUAGAUGUUUCUUAUAAAUCGUGCAUCAUGCUUUCAAUUGACCUGGUUUAAUAGAUUUGACUUCACAGUCAUGGGACUGAAUUUUUUGAUACCACUUUGCAAACAUUUCAAGAGACGAUACUAAACAUUAAUAAUGAUCACCUUAUUUGAUAUAAUAUGCAAAUUGAUAAGAUGAACAAAGUCAAAACGUAUGACAAGUUACUUAUUUGAUACAAAUAAAUCAAUAGCCUUUAGUAAAUACUUGUGAAUAAUCACUUUUUUAUAACAAUGUACACAUAUAAAUAGAGAAUUUAGUAAAAAAAAAACUCUUUUGCGUAAUGUAUUGUUUGAUACACAAAUGUAUUUGGGCACUGAUAAAAAAAAAACUUUGAAAAGUGACUUCUUUGAUACAAAAAUGCCAAUAGUACAUUACUUAAUCUUUUGUGCGAUGAACUUUUUGAUAUCACAUCAGUAAAGACUAGUACCUAGGACUUUCUCGCCGAACAAAAUAACUUCAAAUGGUAAGAUAAAAAAAAUAAAGAGGGUAUAACUAGGUAAGAAAGAAGUCAUUCAUAAUCGUUGAAUAAAGUACAAGUUUGGAACAAAGUGACGACAUGCUAAAAGAUGACACUUUAUUAUAUGUCAUCAAGAACAACAUGCACAAAGUGAGUACUUUAUUGUUAACUAGAUGCAUACACAGAAAUAAGAUGUGUUAUUUGUUUUACUUUAAAACGAUGGAAAUUGGUGUAACAAUUAAAUGUAUCUAUAGCAAACAACUGGCCAGACUCCAAAGUAUGUAACUGUGUAUUGUAUGUGUCUCUGUUAAAAUGUAUGACAAUUAAACAUUAUGUUUUCAGAUUUUUUAAACAAGAGGGUUUGCAGUAAUGCAAAUAUUAUUUUCAAAAUUAUUUUUGGAUCAUUGUUUUGAUUUAAGUUUUUUAUUGUUUUAUCAUUCAAAUUAUUUGCUUAAUUUAUUCUAUGUUUCGGUUGCUGCUUUGUAUGGUUUGAAUUAUUCCUUUAGAAAACUUAUUGUGGUUAUGUGUAUGUAACUGUUGAAUACAUCUUAUUUUAAGUUUGUUUCAUAUCAAAAUAAAGAAUGUAUGCGAACACUAUUAGCUCCUACAUGUCAAUGAAAAAUUAUUGCCGUGUUCAAUGAAUCCUUUAUCAAUUAUCAUGUGAACAGUUUUUGCUUUCCUACAUAAAUAAUAUGUCAAAGAUGUGUGUGUGAGAGAGAGAGAGAGAGAGAGAGAGAGUAUUGCAGUUAUGUACGAUGUGUUUUCUUUUUUCUGGAACCAUAUGUAAAUAAAAAUGAUAUUGUUGGUGUAAAUAUGACGUUGCAGCCUAAAUUCUCGAUUCGCAUCAUUGCACAUAGUUCUACAUAUGUUUGUGUUCAUAAUAACUGCACUUUAGUUAAUUUGUGUUUUGUUUGUAUUCUAGAUGUUGUUGUACAUUCUUAAUUCAAUUGUUUUGUUGUUUGUUUUAGCGUGUUGUAAAUUGAAAAUGUUGAUUAUUUAUUCGUUUACAUCAGAAAAUGCCUGCAUUGACAAAAGAAUGAUAUUAAAAGAUAUAAUUUGAAACCAUAAUGAUUAAAGCUGGAUUUCGUGGACAAAAUAGGCAUGGGCCAAGCCGUUACCAAAAAUUUGACACAUAUAAAUAUCUUUGUAAAAUGCAUAUCAAUGUAGCGAAACAUCUUUAAAUUAAGCCUUGACUCAUAUUGAGAUAUCAAUACAAAGAUCUCAAUAUGAGUCAACUUUGGUAGUUUUUGAUUCUUUGUAUUGAAUGGAAGAAGUUUGAUAACGUAAUACAAAUGCUUAAGACAAAAUUCAAACAUAUUAAUACUGAACUCUUGGAUUUGACCAACUAAUGUCUUACGAAUAUAUAAAGGAUGUGAUUUUGUACAUUGGUAAUACUUUUUGAUUUUCGU